AGCAAAGUUAGUAUAAAUUAGAUUUGUAUUUUCAAAUUCUUUAAAAUGUUAUUUUGUGGUUUAUUUUUCAAAAGCAACCAAUAUUUGGGCAAAUAAACCAGUUUAUGUACUCAUCGAUAAAAAUCAGACACGUAUUAACGGAAUGUAACUGAACUCUGCAUAGAACGCUCCUGGCGAGAUAUCAAAACAGCUGUAUAAAAACUGAAAAAUAUGCGGCAGUAAAGAUUUGUGAAAAGAUUCAAGUAAGAAAAAUACUCUGGCAACUGCAUGCUAUAUUCAUAUUGCUUCAGAAAAAAAAAGUUUUUUUUCUAUCUUCUUAAAGGAAUGUCUUGCCACACCUCAAACCCAAAAUAAGGGACACAGAUUAAACAGUGAGCUGCCAAAAUCACAAAGCAUAUACUUUUUUUGCUCUAGGAUAUGAUGUACAAUGAAGGAACACGCAUAAUUUUAGUCCAAGCCUUUGUUUCUAAAGAACUGCUGCUUUGACUCAAAGAGGGUCAAUCUUAAUCCAAACUGAAUACUGUACAGUAUCGAGUGUACAUUAUUGAGAGGCUAUAUUUCCUUCCAGUACCAUUCAGAGCAAAGGAAAGGGCUCACUUACUACGGUUUGUCUUAUAAACAAAAUGGGGAUUCCGAUCCACUUUCUAAUUGUAACCUUACUGUGGGGGACUAGAGGCCUAUGUCAGUACAACAUAUAUGACUAUGAUGAAGAUGAUGGUCUUGAGCACGAGAACCAAUAUCCUCCACACGUUCCACUUACCCACAAUGUAGACUAUGGCGUACCACAUUUUCCAUACUCAACUGACUGCGCUAGGGAAUGCUUUUGUCCACCAGCAUUUCCACUAACGAUGUACUGUGAUAAUCGGAAACUGAAGACCAUUCCCAAAAUCCCAUCCCGAAUUCAUCAGCUUCACCUCCAGUAUAAUGAAAUUGAGUCUGUGACAGCAAGUUCUUUUAUCAAUGCCACUAGUCUAACUGAAAUCAACUUAAGCCACAACAAAAUUAUGUCAGACAAGAUUGAGGUUGGGGCAUUUACAAAGAUACCUCACCUGACGCAACUCUUCUUGAAUUAUAAUGAAUUAGAUGAAAUCCCAUCACCUCUUCCCAGUUCAACAGAGAGACUCCAUCUUGGUUUCAAUAAGAUUAACAAAGUAAGAGAGAAUGAUUUCCAAGGCCUGGUAAAUCUAACCAUGCUUGAUCUUUGCAACAAUCAGAUUGAGACUAUCAAGGGAAAGGCACUAACUAAACCGAAGAGUCUCAUGCAACUAAAUAUCUGCAACAACAAACUGCAUUCCAUGCCAGUAAAGCUUCCAGCAUCUCUGAUGUAUCUGUCCCUGGAAAAUAAUUCUAUUUCUGAAAUACCAGGUGACUAUUUCACAAACCUUCCAAAUCUACAGGCUAUUAGGAUGUCCCACAACCAACUGAAGGAGAUUCCUGUGAAGAUGUUUGACCUUCCAAAUCUUGUGGAACUUAAUGUGGGCCAUAAUAAACUAAAGCAUGUCUUUUUUGUUCCAAGAUCACUGGAACAUUUAUACCUCCAGGACAAUGAAAUUGACAUUUUAAAUAUCACUUUGAUGUGCCCAGCAAUCAAUCCAAUGAACACAAACAGACUGACCUACCUCCGUGUGGAUCAAAACAAGUUAAAAGCUCCUAUAAGCACAUAUGCAUUCCUAUGCUAUCCUCACAUACAAAGCAUUUACUACGGUGAACAAAAGCAUGAACCACAUAUACAGUCACCGUUGAUCCCUCAGUACCCAAUGACAGAAGACGAGGAAGAUUAUGACAGAGAAACUAUACGGUACCACGGAUAUAGACAUGUAGAAGACCAAAGGGAAGUUCAAGAAUACCAUCAACGCGAGCAUGAAGAAGACGAAAGAGAUGCUCCAGAAUACCGUGAGCAUGGAGAUGUAGAAGAUGGUUACUUUGAUCAUUACUCAUAUUAACUACCAUGCUUAUAUCAUGAAUCCAUCCCAUGUGAUGGCCUUAAUUUUAAAAUUAAUUUUCAUUUCAU